AUGUCCAACCCUGCCACCAUCUCUGACUGCAAGUGUGUCCUCGUUAUCGGCGCGACCGCCGGGAUAGGCCGCGACCUUGCCCUCGCUAUCCAUGGCUGCCGUCCAAGCCGACCGUCAUCGCGCAGGGAGGCGGCAGAGAGGCUGGACGACUUCGACGUGAACGCGAGCCGUGACGCGCUCAAGAGUGCCGUCCAGGACGUUUACCAGAAAUACCCCGACCUUGAUGCCGUGCUCUUCAAGCCGGAGAGCGUGAACCUCGAGAGAGGAGCUGAACACGAACUACACUCGAUCACCCGCAUGGUGACCUUCUUCCUCCCCCACUUCCUGAAGCUGAGCGUGAGAGAAGGUCGUCCAUCACUCAUGAUCACCGUCACCUCCGGCCUCGCCAUCUUCACCCUAUCCCUCUACACGCAGCUCCGAGACACCAAGGUUAAGGUCAUGGAGAUCUUCCCACCGCUCGUCGAGUCCGAGUUGCAUGACCGUUCGUACUACUCCGAAGUGUCCAAGGGCCUCAAACGUGGAGACGUGGAGAUCCCCGUCGGGAUGGUAAAGCAGCAGUGGGAGACGUUCGAGAGCGGCAAGCUCGAAAAGGUCCAGAAUACCAUGAAGCUUUUUCGAAGUAGGCGCAGACGAUAUGUGCCGGGCAACCGGCAAAUCCGGAGAAGUGAAUACUAG